UACAGCACAUCAUGAAUUAUCUGUAUCUUCUUGCCUGCUGCCUUGCUCUAAUCAGCUGCUCCAGCGCCGCUGCCUUUGGCAAACCAACUGGACAGCCAGGUUGCCAGACGGAAGAGGAGAUCGCUGUGCAGUUCUAUCCGCAUUUUUAUAUCAAGAACCAGUACUGGGUUUGUUCCACUCUUGGAGUACCUGCUACCGUCGGCUAUUGCCCCAUUGCCACGGCAUUCCUGAACGAUGCCAAGGCUUGUGUGCCUUGGGCUGAAUGGUAUUGGUCGCCACCAGUGUUGCCCCCAAGUGAGCCUCUGCCUGCUAUCUAAAAGGAUCAACAAGGAACUGCCUAGCAAAUUGAAAUAAAAUUAAAUAAAAGUGACGAAAUUCUCAUAACGUAUACGCGUUGUAUUACGCAUACGUUUAGUUGCACCAAGGAAAUAACUUUAAUAAAUAUGCUUGUCAUUUUAA